AUGGCGACGGACGGCGCGAGCUGCGAGCCCGACGCGUCCCGCGCCCCGGAGGAAGCGGCGGGGGCCACGGCGGAGGCGGCGAGAAAAGAGUUUGAUGUGGACACCCUCAGUAAGUCGGAGCUGCGGAUGCUUCUCAGCGUCAUGGAAGGGGAGCUGGAAGCCAGAGACCUCGUCAUCGAGGCCCUGAGGGCUCGCAGGAAGGAAGUAUUUAUCCAGGAACGGUAUGGGAGAUUUAAUCUAAACGACCCAUUCUUGGCACUCCAGAGAGACUAUGAAGCAGGUGCCGGUGACAAAGAGAAGAAGCCAGUUUGCACCAACCCCCUCUCCAUCCUUGAAGCAGUCAUGGCCCACUGCAGAAAAAUGCAAGAAAGGAUGUCCACACAGCUGGCUGCCGCUGAGAGCAGACAAAAGAAGCUGGAAAUGGAAAAGCUUCAGCUACAAGCCCUGGAGCAGGAGCACAAGAAGCUGGCUGCCCGCCUGGAGGAGGAGCGGGGCAAAAACAAGCAGGUGGUCCUCAUGCUGGUCAAGGAGUGCAAACAGCUCUCGGGCAAAGUCAUCGAGGAGGCCCAGAAGCUAGAGGAAGUCAUGGCCAAACUGGAAGAGGAGAAGAAAAAGACGAAUGAAUUAGAAGAGGAACUCUCCGCCGAGAAACGGAGAAGCACAGAAAUGGAAGCUCAGAUGGAAAAACAGCUCUCUGAGUUUGAUACCGAACGGGAACAGCUUCGUGCCAAGCUGAACCGCGAAGAAGCACACACCACUGACCUCAAAGAGGAGAUAGACAAGAUGAAGAAGAUGAUCGAGCAACUGAAAAGAGGAAGUGACAGCAAACCAAGCCUCUCUCUCCCACGCAAGACAAAAGACAGGCGUUUGGUUUCCAUAUCUGUGGGAACAGAAGGGCCUCUGACGAGGUCUGUUGCUUGCCAGACAGACCUGGCGAUAGAAAGCACUGACCACGUGAAGAAGUCACCUUUGACUGUACCUGUAAAGCCUUCCCCGGGGAGCCCCCUGGUCCCCGCGAACGCGAAAGGGAGCGUGGGCGCCAGCGCCGCGUUGGUCAGACCAGGGAUUGACAGGCAGGCUUCCCACGGGGACUUGAUCGGCUCUUCUCUACCCACUCUCCCACCUGCAAGCACAAACAGAAUCGAGGAAAACGGACCGAGCCCGGGCUCGACCCCAGAUCUAACGAGCAGCACAGCGCCCCUGCCCUGCAGCGCCGCCCAGAGCCCGGUUGCAGCCGCGCACGCGUUACAGUCGCCGUGCGCCAGCGCGCCCCCGCACCCCGGCCUGAACCCGCGCGUGCAGGCGGCUAGAUUUCGAUUUCAGGGCAAUGCUAACGACCCAGACCAAAACGGAAAUACUACCCAAAGUCCUCCAUCGAGAGAUGUCUCUCCCACGAGUCGUGACAACCUAGUGGCCAAACAGCUAGCUCGCAAUACUGUGACCCAAGCACUGUCGAGAUUUACAAGCCCUCAAGUGGGUACUGCCGCAAGGCCUGGAGCGUCCCCCACAGGGGACGUUGGCGCCUACCCUCCAGUCGGUCGGACCAGUUUAAAGACUCCCGGUGUAGCUCGAGUUGACAGAGGAAAUCCUCCUCCUAUCCCUCCAAAAAAGCCAGGGCUCUCCCAGACUCCUUCUCCACCACACCCCCAACUCAAGGUUAUUAUGGAUAGCAGCAGGGCCUCGAACGCAGGGGCCAAAGUUGAUAACAAAACUGUGGCUUCGCCUCCUUCCAGUUUGCCACAAGGGAACAGGGUAAUAAGUGAGGAGAACCUCCCUAAAUCAUCCUCCCCUCAGCUGCCACCAAAACCGUCCAUAGAUUUAACUGUGGCACCUGCAGGCUGUGCUGUCUCAGCCCUGGCCACGUCUCAGGUGGGUGCCUGGCCUGCUGAAACCCCUGGACUGAACCAACCUGCAUGUUCAGACAGUUCCCUUGUCAUUCCUACCACCACUGCCUUUCGCUCUUCCAUAAACCCCGUUAGUGCCUCAUCCUGUAGACCAGGUGCCUCAGACAGCCUCCUGGUAACAGCAUCAGGCUGGUCACCCUCCCUAACCCCUUUGCUAAUGAGUGGUGGUCCUGCCCCCCUGGCUGGCAGGCCCACCCUUCUUCAGCAAGCUGCUGCCCAGGGAAAUGUCACUUUAUUAUCAAUGCUGCUUAAUGAAGAAGGACUGGACAUUAAUUACUCCUGUGAAGAUGGCCAUUCUGCCUUGUAUUCUGCUGCUAAGAAUGGACAUACAGGUAAAAAUGGCGAGAACUUAUUAUACCACACGCUUGUGAAAGAUGGAAAGUCAAAAGCACUUGAUGGCUGGACACCAGUUCAUGCAGCUGUGGACACUGGUAAUGUGGACAGCCUCAAGCUUCUGAUGUACCACAGAGUACGAGCUCGUGGGAACUGUUUGAAUGAGGAGGAGCCCGAGUCAGAUGUCUCUGACUUGGAUGAAGGAGAAGAGAGUUCUGAAGGUGGAUCCAAGCCUAUCGUUCCUGCAGACCUCAUUAACCAUGCUGACAGAGAAGGCUGGACUGCUGCCCAUAUUGCUGCUUCCAAAGGUUUUAAGAACUGCCUAGAAAUCCUGUGUAGGCACAGAGGGCUUGAGCCAGAAAGGAGAGACAAGUGCAAUCGGACUGUGCAUGAUGUUGCCACUGAUGACUGCAAACAUUUGCUGGAGAAUCUGAAUGCUCUUAAAAUACCCUUAAGGAUUUCAGUGGGUGAGAUUCAAUCAGGCAACUAUGGUUCCAAUGACUUUGAAUGCGAAAACACAAUAUGUGCUUUACAUAUCCGCAAACAGACAUCAUGGGGUGAUUUUUCAAAAGCAGUGAGUCAAGCUCUGACAAAUCAUUUCCAAGCAAUCUCUUCCGAUGGAUGGUGGAGUCUGGAAGACACGGCAUUUAAUAACACCGCUGACUCCGACAUCGGCCUCAGCGCGAGCAGUGUGCGAGCCAUCAUGCUAGGAAGUGUGCCAUGGUCGGCUGGUCAGAGCUUCACCCAGUCCCCGUGGGACUUUAUGAAGAAGAACAAGGCAGAGCAGGUCACCGUGCUUCUGUCAGGUCCUCAAGAAGGCUGCCUCAGUAGUGUGACAUACGCUUCCAUGAUCCCCCUUCAGAUGCUGCAGAACUACCUCAGGCUGGUUGAGCAAUAUCAUAAUGUCAUUUUCCAUGGCCCAGAAGGAAGCUUGCAAGACUACAUAGUACAUCAGCUUGCACUCUGCCUGAAGCACAGACAAAUGGCUGCAGGAUUCUCCUGUGAAAUAGUGAGAGCUGAAGUAGAUACUGGUUUCUCUAAGGAACAGCUAGUAGACCUGUUCAUCAGUAGUGCUUGUCUGAUCCCAGUGAAACAAUCUCCUGUUAAGAAGAAAAUCAUCAUCAUCUUAGAGAAUUUGGAAAAAUCUUCAUUAUCUGAGUUAUUGGGGGACUUUUUGGCACCUCUUGAAAUUCGCAGCACUGAAAGCCCCUGUACUUUCCAGAAAGGAAACGGGAUGUCUGAAUGUUACUACUUCCACGAGAACUGCUUUCUGAUGGGAACCAUUGCCAAGGCCUGUCUGCAGGGCUCCGACUUGCUGGUGCAGCAGCACUUCCGCUGGGUGCAGCUGCGGUGGGAUGGUGAGCCCAUGCAGGGACUGCUGCAGAGGUUCCUAGGACGGAAGCUUGUAAAUAAGUUCAGAGGUCAGGUGCCCUCCCCGUGCGAUCCUGUGUGCAAGACCAUCGCCUGGGCUCUGUCUGUCUGGCGUCAGCUCAACUCCUGCCUGGCCCGCCUGGGCACACCUGAAGCACUUCUUGGGCCAAAGUAUUUCCUGUCUUGUCCUAUAGUCCCAGGACACGCCCAAGCAACAGUGAAGUGGAUGUCUAAGCUGUGGAAUGCAGUCAUCGCACCCAGAGUUCAAGAAGCAAUAUUGUCAAGAGCCUCUGUGAAAAGACAACCUGGCUUUGGGCAGACAACCGCUAAAAAACACCCUAGCCAGGGACAGCAGGCUGUGGUUAAAGCUGCUCUCAGCAUCUUGCUUAAUAAAGCUGUGCUACAUGGCUGUCCCCUCCCCAGAGCAGAGCUUGACCAGCAUACAGCCGAUUUCAAAGGAGGAAGUUUUCCUUUAUCCUUGGUUUCAAAUUAUAACAGUUGUAGCAAGAAGAAAGAGAGUGGUGCCUGGAGAAAGGUGAACACCAGUCCUCGCAGGAAAUCUGGCCGAUUCUCUUCCCCCACCUGGAAUAAGCCAGACCUGAGCAACGAAGGUGUAAAAAAUAAGACUAUAUCACAGCUGAAUUGUAACAAGAACGCUUCUCUGUCAAAACAAAAGUCUUUAGAGAAUGAUCUAUCAUUGAUGUUGAAUCUGGAUCAGAGACUGUCUCUGGGUUCGGAUGAUGAAGCAGAUCUUGUCAAGGAACUGCAGAGUAUGUGCUCCAGCAAAUCUGAAUCCGACAUAAGCAAGAUUGCUGAUUCCAGGGAUGAUUUAAGGACGUUUAAUGGUUCAGGAAACAACCCUGCAUUUUCAGCAACUGUUCAUAAUCCAAGAAUGCCAGUGUCACAAAAGGAGAUCAGUCCUCUCAGCAGCCACCAAACUACCGAAUGCAGCAACAAUAAAUCAAAGACUGAGCCGGGUGUUUCAAGAGUUAAAUCUUUUCUUCCUGUUCCUAGAAGUAAAGUCACCCAGUGUUCCCAGAACACCAAAAGAAGCAGCAGCAGCAGUAAUACAAGGCAAAUAGAAAUCAACAACAACUCAAAAGAAGAGAAUUGGAACUUACACAAAAAUGAACACAUAGAAAAACUUAACCAAUAGGCCUGCCUACGAUAUUCUCACUAUUAACUUCUGUGUGUGUCACACAGAAACCAUGGACAACACAAUACCAAUUCCUUUAAAUGAAUAAAAUGUUUUCACUGUAAUAUAAAGUAUGAGUGCGGGACCACUAUUCAAUUUUUUUGUAAAGAAUGUAUUUAUAACCAACAUUUUUGUUGCUUUAUUUUUUUUUUAAUUCUGUAGGAUUCAACUUCAGUACCAAGAAGUUAUGCCAACUUUUCAAAUAGUUUUCUAAUAGAAAAAUUGUAAUAGUUUUAAAUCAACAUGUUCAGGGGUAAUAAAUCAGAACUGUGUACUGUAUAUGUAUAUAUAUGUACAAAUGUAGGUAUAUUUAAGGACGUCCACAAAUCAUAUUGCAUACUACAUGUUAUAAAAUGUAUACAACAUUGGCUUAGAUAACAUUUUCCAUUUUAAAAUGGAGAUUAUAAUUUUGUGUUCAUUUGAUGGGGAAUGACUAGAAUGGGGCAAUAACAAAUCAUUUCUAAACAGUUAUUUUCCAUUAAAAGCCAUAUUAAGUAUUUUGCCUGUUAAAUUCUAGUUUUAUGUUUUAAAUCUUUUAGUGGUUACAUUGCCAGUUGGUUGCAUCAUGUAUAUAUUUAUGCUUAUGAGUUUGCAUUAUGCGUCCUGUAAAAUAUGAAAUUAUAAUGCAAUAAAAGUGUUAUCUUUCUUACAAAAGUUUUGUACUUAAGUAGAUAUUUAAAGAUACCUGUAUAAAUGCUUCAAUAAAUUCAAAGUUAAUUCCCUCUUCAAUA